GCUGCCACCGAUGUUUCCUAUGAUUCAAGGGCUAUUAUCAUCAAUGGUGAACGCCGAGUUCUUUUCUCUGGUGCAAUCCAUUAUCCACGCAGCACCCCGGAGAUGUGGCCAGAUUUGAUUCAAAAGGCAAAAGAAGGUGGCAUUGAUGCAAUUGAAACGUAUAUAUUUUGGAACCACCAUGAGCCCCGGCGUGGCAAGUACCAUUUCUCAGGAAACCUGAACUUCGUGAAGUUCUUCAAGCUAGUCCAAAAGGCGGGACUUCAUGUGAUUCUACGAAUUGGUCCUUACGUUUGUGCUGAAUGGAAUUAUGGAGGUUUCCCUGUGUGGCUGCAUAACCUGCCGGGAGUUCAACUAAGAACAGACAAUCAAGUAUACAAGGAUGAGAUGCAGAGAUUCACUACCAAGAUAGUUAACUUGUGCAAAGAAGCAAACCUAUUUGCGCCACAAGGAGGACCCAUAAUUUUUGCACAGAUUGAGAAUGAAUACGGAAAUAUUAUGGAACCUUAUGGAGCAGCAGGGAAAUCAUACAUUCAAUGGUGUGCAACAAUGGCCGAAUCCCUCAACAUUAGUGUCCCUUGGAUUAUGUGCCAGCAGAGUGAUGCUCCUCAAACGAUGAUAAACACGUGCAAUGGGUUCUACUGUGAUAAAUUUACGCCAAAUAAUCCAGAGAGUCCAAAAAUGUGGACCGAGAACUGGACAGGAUGGUACAAGAACUGGGGUGGCAAGGAUCCCUAUAGAACUGCUGAAGACGUAGCAUAUGCUGUGGCACGAUUUUUCCAAACUGGCGGGGUGUUCCAAAAUUAUUAUAUGUAUCAUGGAGGGACCAACUUUGGACGCUCAGCAGGAGGCCCAUUCAUUGCAACAUCGUAUGAUUACAAUGCACCUCUCGACGAAUAUGGGAAUUUAAAUCAGCCCAAGUGGGGACAUCUUAAGCAACUCCAUGCGGCCAUUAAAUCUGGGCAAAAGGUUCUCACAAGUAGCUCCCCUUCAACAACACAGAUUGGUAAUGGAGUUGAUUUGACUACGUACAUCAACAAUCCUGUUGGGGAAAAAUUUUGUUUCCUAAGCAAUAAGAACACGACAGAAGAUGCCCAUGUUGAUUUGAAACAAGACGGCAACUAUUUUGUGCCUGCUUGGUCUGUUACCAUACUUGCCGGUUGCAACAAGGAAAUUUACAACACUGCAAAGGUUAACACCCAGACCUCCGUGAUAGUAAAGAAAUCGGAUGGGAGUAAAAAUGAGUCUGCAGCCAAACUUCAAUGGGCGUGGAUAUCGGAGCCCAUGUGGGACGUCCUCACCGGGAAAGGUAGAUUUAGACAGACAAAGCUUCUUGAACAAAAGGAAGCAACCGGGGACGCGAGUGAUUAUUUGUGGUACAUGACUACUGUUGAGAUUAACGAUACAGCGACGUGGACCAAUGCAAUUUUGCGUGUCAAUACAACCGGCCAUGUACUCCAUGCCUAUGUUAACCAAAACUUCACAGGUUCGCAAUGGACCGCCGAUGGUGAUCACCGUUUCAUAUUUGAGAAACCUGUCACGCUGAAAUCUGGGACUAAUUUUAUAAGUUUACUUAGUGCCACAGUUGGACUACAGAAUUACGGUUCUUUCUAUGAUUUGUCGCCAGCGGGCAUUGUGGGAGGCCCUGUUCAAUUGAUCGGAAAGGGCAACGUUACUAAAGAUUUAUCAUCAAAUCCUUGGUCUUAUAAGAUUGGGUUGGGUGGCGAGCGUGUAAAACUUUACAAAGUUAAUAAGUCACCAAUGUCGGCGGGCCGCGGAAAAUGGGCCUUCAAAGGACUUCCUAGCGGUAAACCCAUGAUAUGGUAUCGGACAAACUUCAACGCUCCUUCGGGCACAGACCCGGUGGUGGUGGACUUGCAAGGUAUGGGGAAAGGGCAAGCAUGGGUGAACGGACGUAGCAUCGGGCGUUAUUGGCCUUCAUUCCUUGCCAACAAGGAUGGUUGCAAUACCACCUGUGAUUACCGAGGAGAAUACAGUUCAGAAAAAUGUGGGAUGAAUUGCGGGAAUCCUACUCAAAGAUGGUACCACAUCCCGAGAUCAUACCUUGGAAAUAGAAAGCAUACAAACACAAACACAAACACAUUGACGUUGUUUGAAGAGAUCGGCGGAGACCCUUCACAAGUUUCCUUCCAAACACUCUCGAUCGGAUUCGUAUGUGGGAGCGUAUACGAAGGGAAAACGUUGGAGCUGUCAUGUCAAGGCGGACAGACAAUCUCGGAAAUCCAAUUUGCUAGCUUCGGGGACCCUCAGGGCAAUUGCGGCUCAUUCAAGAAAGGCUCUGGUGAGGCCGUUAACAGCCUAUCUACCGUGCAAAAGGCAUGUGUUGGAAAAACGACUUGUUCGUUUAAUGCCACGGAGGCUACAUUUGGAUCAGUCAACUGUGGCCACAAGUACUCCAAGAGAUUACUAGUGCAAGGUGUUUGCGAUAAGUGA